ACCACACGGGCACGAGAAGGAGAGCACCCCCUACUCGGUCGGUGUUGAGACCACCCACACUGUUGUGCUUCUUCCCCGGCCGGCCGCCAUCGACCUUCUUAAUUUAGCCAGCCCUGAGACUGAGAGAGGAGAUACUGGCCACACAAGGACGGACGACACUCCCUCCCAGGCCUGCUCCCUCCCCGGUUCGAUCGACGAUCUGUUCCUCCCGUUCCCGUCCCCGUCCCCGUCCCCGUCCCCGUCUCCAAUCCACGGAUAGGGUACGUAGUGCGACUGAUUGAUCCAGCCCAUCGCGGGACUUGAUGGGGACAGCGGCCGGCGAUGGGGGCCGCCCCCUCGGCGCGGUGGCGGCGGAGCACAAGGUGAACCUGACGGCGCAGCGGCCGUUCUCGGAGGCGCUGCGGACGGGCCUCGCGGAGACGUUCUUCCCCGACGACCCGUUCCGGGGGUUCGGGUCGCUCCCGCCGGCCGAGCGCGCGUGGGGCGGGCUCAAGUACUUCGUCCCUGUCCUGGAGUGGGCGCCGCGCUACACCCUCGGCAAGUUCAAGUACGACCUCCUCGCCGGCGUCACCAUCGCCAGCCUCGCCAUCCCGCAGGGCAUCAGCUACGCCAAGCUCGCCAACCUCCCGCCCAUCAUCGGCCUCUAUUCGAGCUUCGUGCCGCCGCUGCUGUACGCGGUGUUCGGGAGCUCCAACAACCUGGCGGUGGGGACGGUGGCGGCGGCGUCGCUGCUGCUGGCGUCCAUCAUCGAGGCCGAGGUCCCGCGGGAGGACAACCCGGAGCUGUACCUGCAGAUCUUCUACACCGCCGCCUUCUUCACCGGCGUCAUCCAGACCGCACUGGGCGUCUUCAGGUUAGGGCUGAUAGUGGAUUUCCUGUCGCGGUCGACGAUCACCGGGUUCAUGGGCGGCACGGCGGCGAUCAUCAUCCUGCAGCAGCUCAAGGGGAUGCUGGGGAUGAAGCACUUCACGUCCAAGACCGACAUCAUCUCCGUCGUACGCUCCAUCUUCCUUUACAGGGACGAGUGGAGGUGGCAGAGUGCAGUUCUCGGCGUAUGCUUCCUCUUGUUCUUGCUGUUAAGCAAGAAACUAAGAAAGAAAAAGCCAAACUUGUUCUGGGUGUCGGCCAUUGCGCCAUUCAUGGUCGUCAUCAUCGGCGGCAUCUUCGCUUUCUUGGUCAAAGGAAACGAGCAUGGGAUCCCAAUUGUUGGUGACCUGAAGAAAGGGAUCAACCCUCUGUCCAUUUCGCAGCUAACGUUCACGGACAAGCACGUCAAGACAGCUGUGAAGGCAGGAUUCUUGUCUGGGAUCCUAGCAGUGGCAGAAGGCAUCGCCGUCGGGCGGAGCCUGGCGCUGAUCAAGAACGAGCAGAUCGACGGGAACAAGGAGAUGAUCGCGUUCGGCAUCAUGAACAUCGCGGGGUCCUGCACCUCCUGCUACCUCACGACGGGCCCCUUCUCCAAGUCGGCGGUGAACUUCCACGCCGGGUGCCGGACGCCCAUGUCGAACGUGGUGAUGUCGGUGUGCAUAAUGCUGGUGCUGCUGUUCCUGGCCCCGCUCUUUAAGUACACCCCGCUGGUGGCGCUGUCCUCCAUCAUCGUGGUCGCCAUGAUCGGGCUCAUCAAGGUCAAGGAGUUCCUGCACCUCUACCGGGUGGACAAGUUCGACUUCUGCAUCUGCAUGGGCGCCUUCGUCGGCGUCGUCUUCUUCACCAUGGUCAUCGGCCUCGGCGCAUCAAUAGGCUUGUCAGUGAUCAGAGCACUGUUGCACGUGGCGAGGCCGACCACCUGCAAGCUCGGAAGCAUGGCAGGAGGCGAGAUCUUCUGCGACGUCAGGCAUUACCCGCACGCGAGGAGCAUCCCCAAUGUUCUCGUGCUGCAGCUGGGAUCUCCCAUCUACUUCGUCAACGCGGGCUACUUGCGAGAAAGGAUUUUGAGAUGGGUAGAAGAUGAGGAGAGCGCUAGCAAGACAGACGGGCAAGAUCUACAAUACGUGAUCCUUGAUCUUGGUGGUGUGAGUUCGAUCGACAACACGGGGAUCGGGAUGCUAGGAGAAGUUCACAAGAGUCUCGACCGGAAAGGGAUCACGGUAGCUCUGACGAACCCCAGGCUGGAGGUGACAGAGAAGCUGGUGCUGUCCGGGUUCAUCAGGGACAAGGUAGGAAAGGAGUGGGUGUUCCUCACCGUCAAGGACGCCAUCACGGCGUUCCGGUACGGGCUCCAAAGAUCCAGAGGCAAGGAGCAGAGUGAAGUAUAGCUAGUGACUAGUGUCCAUGGACUGAGUGUGUUUUUAGGAAGGAAGAUGUAGGUGUAGAUAUUGUUGGGUGGCUCAGCAAGGAUUUUGCGUGUGGAACUGGGUGGGGGUAGGUCUUUGGUAGCAGUUCGCAUAACGCAGAAGAAUAGGAUAUUUACGUUGGAGUCUCUAUAAAAAGAGACACUACGUUAGAAUGUGGUAGGAUAAUAGCUCGUGUUUGCUAGAAGUGAUGGGAAACCACGUACUGGAAGAGUUUCUUUUCUUCGCGGCAUCGACGACCUUA